ACGGAUCCAUAAGUACCUUCUUCAGUCUCAACUGUUCGUCUCCAACAACAAAGACAAGUCUCAUACCACGCAAACACUUUUACUCAGACACAUAACAUCCCCAUCAGUCAACAUACGACAGCUGUGUCCACCACCUCAACCAACUCAAAAUCAAACAAACCGUCACAAUGGAGAGGACACCAUCAUACACCAUCACCGAGCCCCACCCCACGGUGGUGCAAAACACCUACACCAAGGCUGGCCGCGGCGGUGCCGGUAACUUCUUCCGUGCUCCCAAGACCACCCCUUCGACCGGCGUUCCCACCAAGGUCACACCAUCAGCACAACCCAGCGCUCCCGCCCGUUUCUACUCGGGUCGCGGUGGCGCUGGCAACGCCCACACCUACACCCAGCGCCCUACCCUUUCUUUCGACGAGGAGUACCAGAGGGCCGAGGUCCGCGAGAAGGCUGCCACCAUGGGCUACGUCGGGCGAGGCGGUGCCGGCAACAUCUUCAGCACCGUCAGUGACAAGCUCAGCAUCCGCUCCGAGAGCAGCUCCAGGAGCAGGCAUCGCCGCGACUCCGUCAGCACCACCGAAAGCCACCGCUCUGGUUUUUGGAGGACGUUGAGCAACCUUGCCCACAAGGGUUAGGAGCCCCGCUCCGACAAAAGAAGCAGGAGGACCCUUUACGAGUGGCGCCUGUCACUGGCAGAGUAUGGAGAGAGCAGCAUAGGCUCGAGCAUUUGCAGCAACAGGGAGGAAGAAGCAGUCCAAGAAGACCAUGGGGUUAAGGAUGAUGAUGCCAGUCAUGAGAGGGAAACCCACCGACCUGCGAUUCAACGUGCUGGCCUUCGCAGAUAUCACUCCGAACCCGCUCUUCGACCGAAAUACUUGUCAGCCAUGGCAAGCAUCCGACGCAACUCUCUUGCACCAUCGUCCUAAUGCAGCCGUCCUCC